CAACCAUUCUCACGUGGUAGUCACAUGACUUGUCAAAAUGGCUAAUCCAGGAGGGAGUGUUUUUGCAGGAAUUUCUUCUUCAAGAUUACCAACUCAGGUUGAUACAGAAGGCAGAGAAGUCGAGGUUGAAACACGUGAAGAUGAAGAACAGAACGUUAAACUACAGGAAACCAUCAAUCUGCUGUUGGCUGCUGGGUAUUUUAGAGCCAGAAUUAAAGGUCUAUCACCAUUUGAUAAGGUGGUUGGUGGAAUGAGUUGGUGUAUAACAACUUGUAACUUUGAUGUUGAUGUUGAUUUGUUAUUUCAAGAAAAUUCAACCAUUGGUCAGAAAAUAGCUCUAACUGAGAAGAUUGUAGCUGUACUUCCCAAGAUGAAAUGUCCACAGAGAAUUGAACCUCAUCAAAUUCAAGGCUUGGAUUUCAUCCAUAUCUUUCCAGUUGUUCAGUGGUUAGUAAAGAGAGCUAUAGAAACCAGAGAAGAAAUGGGUGAUUAUAUCCGAGCAUUCUCGGUCUCACAGUUCAGCAAACACUACAAAACACCAGAGGAUGAGUUGUUUAUAGAAUCUAAAGAGAAAUCUAUCGAUGCUGUGACAACAGCUAAGAAUGCUUACAAACCCCAGAGAAGAUUUCGACGAAAUGCAUCAAAAAGAAUGGAAGAUGAGGAGACCCAGGUCCAUUCCACAUUGUUAGAAUAUGGAAGGAGAUAUGGUUUUAGUAAAACAUCAAAGGAUGAGAAAGAGAAUGAAGCGUCUGCUAAGAAGAAAGCUGUGGCUGCUAGUUUAGGUGGGAAAGAAGUAGACACAGAGGAAGAUCUUCAGGCGGAGGAGGAGAAACGUAUCAAAAUGUUGAUGAGUGGAAUGUCUGCUACAGGAAUACAGGAAGGCAAGUUAUCAGCUAGUGCUGUAGGUUCCAUAGUAGGCAUGCAGUCAGCUGAAAUACAACAGAUUGCUUCAGAAUACGCGGAAAAACAAGCAGAGAUUGAACAGAUUGAGAAGAGCGAACGAGUGGGUGGAGCUCAACAACAUAAACGUGUGACCACAGCAUUACGUAAACAAAUCGACCAACAGACAUCAAGAUUAACAGAGGUAAUGGCGAAACAUUCCGAGCUACAGAAAGCCUACACUGAUACACAGGCUAAACUUGCUGAGGUGAGAAAUAAACUAGGCCCAGAGAAAUGGACAUGA